UUCAAUAUAUAUAUUUCAGGUUCAACAGAUGCAUGUCCAAACGAUUUGAUAGACUCACUGGAAUACUUUCGUUGACGAUUUGGUCAGUUCUCGAAUUCUCCAUCAAGUCAUGGGUCUGCUUUCGUUUUGGAUUUUUCAAGUUAUCCUCUCUGCUGCUCUGGGAGCUGAAACUGGAACUCAUUUUCACCGCUACAUGCUCUCUGAUUACAAGCCACAGCACAGCCCAAAGACGCAGAAGGAUUACAAACUUCAUAACCCUCAAAGGACCCUGAAAGAAGAAAACGGUAGUCAAGGGAUUAGGAAAAGCAAAAUCUAUGGCAAAUCCAAGGAACCACAGGUCCAGCUCAAUAAAUCCCUCAAGAUGGUGAAUCUCCACCAGUUAAUAGUUCGCAUCUACCAGGACAACAAGUAUAGCUGCGUGGGCACACAGAUAUCUGAAUUGCUGGUAGUAACGGCGACCACCUGCUUCGAUGAAAGUAACACCGAUUUAGUAAAUAUGAAGACGUACAGCAACAAUAUAAUCACAGGGCGUAGAAUAAACCCAAAUGAGACCAAUGUGCUAAGUGAGGAUUCCCUGUUGGCCGUCAUACUUCUCAAUAAACCUCCGCAUGACUCCGUCUUGACAAAUGAUUCAGUUCAACUAUGCAACUCCAAGCUCCUGAACAACGCCAAUAUCGAGGUGCCCAUUUGGAUAAGGAAAAGACACAGCAUUUACUCGUGGUACGCAAGGACCCUUUCGGUGCAUGAGUGCCGGUAUCGCUUAAAUGAUGAUCGAGGGGAAAUCGCACACAAUACCAUGAUCUGUGUGAAAAAUGAUAGGUACACUACCACAUGUCAGCGAACCAUCGGGAAUCCCCUCAUCCACAAUAAUAUGAUAUGUGGUGUGAAUGUGGCGGGUCACAACUGUCCAAUGUUCACGGGCAUCGCCCUGUACUCCACUAUCUACGACAAAAACGAAUUCGAAAUGAAUGGCAUAAAUCUGAUAGAAAAAUUCGAUAUAGAGGCCACAAUAUUGUAACGCAGUCGGUUUCGUUAGGUAUUUUAAAUUUCACAUCUUUCUGUUCCCUUUUGCUUUGUUGUUGGCACUACUUUGUUUAUAUAAUAAAAUAACACGAUGAA